CUCGAGAUGAGGGGUGUUAUCAGUCGGCCUGUCUUCUUCUUCUUCUUUUGUUCCUUGCUGCUUCUGGCACUGAGCUAUGGUGCUAUGGCCGAUGGGAAGGAGAACAGGACCACUCUGGAAUUUCGUGUUGGCGUGAUACUGGAUAAUGAAACAUGGGUGGGAAACGUCAGCUGGGCCUGCAUGUCCAUGGCCAUGGAUGAUUUCUACUCGACGCAUCCUAACUACACCACCAGGGUAGCCCUCAUUGGCAAGGACUCCAAAGAAGAUGUUGUGUCUUCUGCAGCUGCUGCGGUAGAGCUACUAUGGAAUGACAAAGUUCAAGCUAUCAUCGGUCCGCAGACAUCAGUCCAGGCCAAAUUCGUGGCCGAGCUUGGUAACAAGUCGCAGACUCCGAUCAUCUCCUUCUCCGCCACCUCCCCAUUCCUCGCCUCCUCUCGCACCCCCUACUUCGUCCGCACCGCCCUCAGCGACUCCAGUCAAGCCCAGGCCAUCGCCGCGCUCGUCCGCUUCUUCGGCUGGCGCCAGCUGAUCCCUAUCUUCGAAGACACCGACUACGGCACCGGAAUGAUCCCGUACCUCGUCGACGCUUUCCAGGCUACCGAUGAGCGCGUCCCCUAUCGUUCCAUGGUCCCCCUCAUGGCCAACAACGACCAGAUCCUCCGCGAGCUCUACAGGCUCAAGACUAUGGGGACUAGAGUUUUCGUGGUACACGCUUCAGACGCACUCACCACGCGCCUCCUCCUGAAGGCGAGGGAGGCCGACAUGAUGCAAGAAGGCUAUGCAUGGAUCGUGACCUACGGCCUAACUGACCGUUUCGGCGUCUUGGAUGCCUCCGCCAUCGACGCAAUGCACGGAGUCCUGACCGUGAAGCCCUACGUUAUGGGCUCUGCUCGGAAUGGCGAAUUCAGCACGAGAUGGAGCGAGAGACUUCGACGAGAUCACCCCACUGACAAACCAGUCCAGCAUCCAAGUGUCUACGCACUGUGGGCAUAUGACACUGCCUGGGCCAUGGCAUUGGCAGCAGAGAGUGUUGCUUUGGCAAGUAGAACUCCAAGUACUUCUCCAUCCCCUUAUCUCAACACCGCGGCUAACAACUCGUCUCUGACGGAGCUGAAGAAGCUCGAAUUCUCGCCUAAUGGCCACAGAUUGCUCGAGUCGAUGCAGGGCGUUAAGUUCGACGGAAUUACUGGAAAAUUCGAGCUCAAGGAUGGGCAGCUGGAAUCAUCGCCGUUUGAGAUUAUCAAUGUCGUGGGAAGCGCCGCAAAGAGGGUCGGCUUCUGGACGACAGAGCAUGGGGUGUCGGGUGAUUUGAACUCUAAGGCGAACCUCGAGAGCGUGGUGUGGCCUGGAAACGCUUUGGCGGCUCCCAAAGGGAUAGACUGGGAAACGGGAGGGAAGAAGCUCAGGAUCGGGGUGCCAUUGAAGAAAGGCUUCAGUGAGUUUGUGAACAGGGAGUGGAACCCUGUGACGCGUAGGAACGUGAGCGGCUUUUGUAUCGAGGUGUUUGAUCUGGUCAUGGCGUCGCUGCCUUACGUUGUGCCUUACGAGUACAUUCCCUAUGAGGACAACAACGGGGAGAUGAAGGGCAGCUACAGUGAUCUUGUUUACGAGGUUUACUUGCAGAACUUUGAUGCAGUGGUGGGAGAUGUGACCAUCACACCCAACCGGUCUUUGUACGCGGACUUCUCAGUACCCUUCACUGAGGUGGGGAUGUCGAUGGUGGUGCCCGUCAAGGACGACCGCGGGAGGAGCGCGUGGAUCUUCUUGAAGCCGCUCACCACUGAGCUCUGGUUGGCCAUCGGUGCCUUCUUUAUCUUCACCGGCCUCGUCGUCUGGGUGCUGGAGCACCGCGUCAACGACAGCUUCCGAGGCCCACCUCUGCAUCAGCUGGGCACCAUCUUCUACUUCUCCUUCUCCACAUUGGUCUUUGCUCACAAGGAGAAGGUGACGAGUAACCUCACAAGGGUCGUAGUGAUCAUCUGGGUCUUCGUGGUGCUCAUACUCACAUCAAGUUACACAGCCAGCUUAACCUCAAUGCUCACAGUUCAGCAACUUCACCCAACUGUUACCAACCUGCAUGAUCUGAUAAGGAACGGGGAGUAUAUUGGAUACAUGGGUGACCCCUCGAUGCUGCAUCUGCUAAACAUUGACAAGUCAAAGCUCAGAAGGUACGAGUCUCCUGAUGAAUACGAUGAUGCGCUGUCCAAAGGCAGCGCCAAAGGUGGUGUUGGCGCCAUCAUCGAUGAGAUCCCUUACAUCAAAGUCUUCAUUUCCAAGUACUGCGGCAAGUACACCAUGGUGGGAAAUAUCUACAGGACUGAAGGGUUUGGCUUCGUCUUCCAUAAAGGUUCACCUUUCGUCCCACAGAUAUCAAGGGAAAUACUGAAGGUCACUGCAGAUGUCGAGAAAAAGCUGUACAGGAACAGAACUACUUGCCCAGAGCAAAACGGAGCUGCAACAUCUGAUAGCCUCACAUUCAACUGCUUCUGGGGUCUCUUCCUCAUCACAGGAACUACCUCCGUUCUUGCACUCUUCUUGUUCUCGGCUUUCUUCUUGUACGAGCACCGCCACAUGCUGAGCACCUCCACGGACUCCGACGGAUCCUCGGUGUGGCAAAGGUUUGUUCUGAUGGUGAAGUCAUUCGAUCGGAAAGACCACUCAUCUUAUGCACUCAGAAGGUCCUGCCUCAAGGUCGAAGAAAUGAAGGCAGCACACGACCACAGUGCCCGUUCUUAUGCUACUUCGGAUUCACAUAGCACCUCAGACUUGUCCUCUGGUUCUCCCUAAGUUCUGCAGAAGCUGCAAAAGGAAAGUAUUCAUAUUGUUCUUGUCCUAGCAACUCCUACGAGUAUGGAAGAAUAAACCAAAUGUGCUACAGAAGUAUACUGAAAUGGGAAAAUAGAGCAUAUUGCAUGACGAGAUCUUUAUACGAUUAACACGUUUAGGACUCGAUGAAAGAUUUGAACCAGUUCAAAGCAUGGGAAGAAUUGAACCGACAGCCAACUGGACCAAAUUCUACGUCUAAAUCCAUGAAACGGUCGUGAAACGAAGGAUGGAAACGAAAAAAGGGUUUGCAAAUCGAGAUGCACUUUGGUAUUAUUAAAAAGUUGGGGAUGAUCGUGAAAAUAUUGAAAAGGAGAACUUUUUCCGCGAAAAGGCAUAAGUUUGGGGGGUUUUCCGAAAAUUAUCCCUACUAUAAGCAUGUAAAAUAAUAUUAUUUAAUUGUUGAGGGGCUUUUUCAGUAAACGUCUAGCCGACAUCGAUAGCGACUCGAGAACUCUUCCCGAUCGGUAUCCUGAAACCCUUUGGCCCCACUCACGUAACCGCAUCGCCUCCUCAAACGAGCAGGUCUUGUCGAAGCAGAAGCAUUGGCUGAGAUCUCGUUCUCUCUUCUUCUUCUCCGGCCAUCUUUUCUUGCUUUGUUUCCCAGCCAUUGAAUUCGAAGUAUCCCAGUAUCACAUGUUCAGCAUAAGACGAGGAAAGAGGGGCAAAGAAAAUACCUUAAACAAAGCAAGGUAUUUUCUGACAUCGGCCAAUGAUUGCUGUUGGGCUUUCAGCUUCUCCACGAUGGCUGUUGGCACUGAGGGAAGGAAGAGGAAGAGGAAGGUCGAGCGACCGGGUGCUGAUGACCGACUCAGGCCUCACAUGCCAGUCAAGAAGGCGAUAGAAUUGGUAAAGAACAGCCUUUCCGCGCCCAUGGAAUUGCCUACCUCCCUUUACGUCGAAGCCAAUGACCCCGAUUUCCCCAGAGGUGGAGGGGUCGUUCCGAGUCCGAAUGAGGAGGCAGAGGCUCGGAUGGAAGCGGAAGACGUGUAUGAAAGGGGGAAGAAGGAUUCGAGGAAGAAGGCCAAGACGGGGAAGAAGGGGUCGAAGAGACCGCCAGCGGAUAUUGAGGAUGAUUUGAGUUCUUUUUUCGGCAAUGAUGUUAGGUUUGAUCCCGAGUGCCCUUUAAGAUUGAUGUAGAUUGACAGAGAAUGACCCUUGUAAUGAAGAAAUCGUAUAUUGGGAUUGCCAAUUAUGUUGACAUGAGACGUGAUAUCGGUGAUGAUCAUGAUGUUGCUUCUUCCAUGGAAGAUGUCUUGCUUGGUUUGCAUAAUAAAGAUAGCUUACCUGACUCUCAAAAGAUUUCUGGGCAUGAUAAUGGAGGCUGUGAGAAUCUCAUUCAAUCAGGAACAAGGGUUUCUGUUCCUUCUCUUCAGGUUAUCCUUAAUGACUCGGAAGCCUCUGAUGGUGAUAAUCCUGUAAUUGCAAAUCACAAUGAUAAUGAGAAUUGUGAGGUUGCCAAAAGGAACAAAUACAUGAAGAAAAAGGUCAAGGAGGAAAAGGAGCUCAAAAUUAGUGCUUCUGAAGAGAGGCUACUGAAGGAUGACAUUCCAAGAACAGAAGAUGAAAUUGAGAAAUUGGUUAGGGUCUCCUAAUUGUAGUUUUGUCUGGAUAAAGUACAUGGCUUAUAUACUCUCUCUGGCAGAUAUUGAGAAAGCAUGCUCCAUUGCUGAAAGGGAUCUGUUUGGGUGAUGAGGAAGUAAUUCAUGCCUUAUUUUAGAGGGCAACAUGCUUAAGUUUGCCACCCAAAAAAAUGAAGUUCCUGUUCACAAAGUAUCUUAACUAUGAAAAAGCCCAUGGUGACGAAGACCGGGUUGAACAUGUCACGCGGAAGGCAUUGGAAUAUGCCGAGAGCUCUCUUAUUUGAGCUUUCCUGCAAGGUACUUGAGGAUCUUCACAACCUGCCUUUGUGGAUUCAGCCAAUUCUUUACCUGAAGAGUCUGCUAUGAAGUUUGCAGUUGCAGCAGCCAGCCAGUUCACAAAUGUAAAUGUCUGCGAAGAAGGUAUCCAGAUCCUCUUGUGAAUGGCAGUUGACAAAAAUGUAAUUUUUGAUAGCAGCAAAGCCUCCGUAUCAACUGUUUGAGAUCUUAUCUACAUCCUGAGAGUUUCGUUUCUGGAAAUUUGAUUUCGAAUUCUUCUGUAAAUGCGGGAAGUGUACUUACGAGUUAAUUCGUUGGCACGACAAACGUUUUAACAAGAUAGAACAUAUUUAUGUUCA